AUGAUGGUUCUCUUCUCUGGAAUCGGGCCAACAGCGAAGGCUCAAGAGAAUGUGGCGGUUGGUGUCGGGGCAUUGGCAGGCAGCACCAUCAUGCUGCUGACCAUCCCCUGGUUCCUGGGAGUGCUGGGAGGCCGCGUGGACUAUGUUGGGGGGAAGUGCCUGUAUGCCCAAGAGCCCAAGAUUCAGAAGACCGGAGUCUACAAUACCUUCUUCCGCAAUGGCAUCCGAUACAAGCCAGAAAUUAAAGCCAAUGCGAAGAUCAUGCUCAUCACCUCCAUGACGUACUUAGUCAUCCAAAUUCCUGCCCUCUAUGUGGACAACCAGCAACCCACCUCAUCAUUGAAGGCCAUCACUCAUGAGAAUAAAAAGGAAUCUGCCUGGGCCUUGCUGGGCAUGAUCAUGUGCAUUGUGGAGUUCGGAGCGUACUUGUACAUGCAAUAUGCAGCCGCUUUGCCUGAACAGCAAGUUCCGCACUCUGUUUCCAGCGCGGAGAUGCUGAAGGCCAAAGUUGCCGGCUGCAUGGGUUGGAUGCGUGAGAAGAUGGCUGGCGUGGGACUUGCCCCGGCAAAAGCACGCAACUACACCACCGCCAUCAUGCGGGCACAAGAGCUGGGCGUGAAAGCUUGGAUGGAAGAGUUUCGACGCGAUUGGAAGCUGACUGAGAACAGCGAGGAGAAAAACAAAGCGCUCUUGGAGAAAGUGAGCUUUCCGCAAGAUUUCCUCCAGACGCUAGCUAUGUGGUACAGAAAGUACUCCAGCCAAGAUGGACGCAUGGGAGAGUUGGAUUUUGACAAUCUGCUGCGCAGCCUGCACUUGCACGGCUACAACGCCAAUGAGCUCUUCAAGAAGGUCGAUACAAACAGCGAUGGCAGCAUUGACUUGGAUGAGUUCACGGAAUGCUUUAAGCACUUGGCAUCGCUACCACCAAAUGCUCCGCAGGGCAGGAGGACAAAGCGACAGUCGCAGCUGCAGUCAGCCUCGGAGAAGUUGAAUGCAGAGGUGGCGGCUUCUGCUGAAGAAGCCCCAGAAGAAGAAGAGGAUGAGGAGGAGGAAGAAGAGUCCAUGCCAGAGGAGUUCAAGGAAAUGAGUGUCGCAGAUCAGAGGCGUCAAAUCCUGCUGAAAUCCGGUUAUCAGAUGGGUUUGGGCACUCUCUUGGUUCUGAUCUUUUCGGACCCCAUGGUGGACGUCCUCGCUGAGAUCGGGCGCGCCCAU